GAGGUGCACCUCUGGGCGAAAGGGAGAAAAUGGGAGGGUUGAGGUGUCGGUUCCCCAUUGGUCUGGGCCAGGUGCUCUGGGGAGGCCCCCACCGCACACUCGUACAUCUGCAUCCUGACCACAGCCCAUGCUCACCGAGCUGGCUCCACGAACCAUGAGGCUGUCACUGCCACUGCUACUGCUGCUGCUGGGGGCCUGGGCUAUCCCAGGGGGCCUCGGGGACAGUGCUCCACUCACGGCCACUGCCCCACAGCUGGAUGAUGAGGAGAAGUUCUCAGCUCACAUGCCUGCGCACUUUCGCUGUGAUGCCUGCAGGGCGGUGGCCUACCAGAUGGGGCAACAUCUGGCAAAGGCAGAGGCCAAGCUUCACACCCACAGGGGGCAUCAGGAGCUGAGCGAGUCGGUUUACACAGAUGUCCUGGACAAGAGCUGCUCCCAGGCCUGGCAGGACUACGGGGUUCGAGAAGUGAACCAGGUGAAACGUCUCACGGGCCCAGGACUUAGCAAUGGGCCAGAGCCACACAUCAGUGUGAUGAUCACAGGGGGCCCCUGGCCCAUCAGGCUCUCUGUGACAUGUCUGCACUACCUGGGGGAGUUUGGAGAAGACCAGAUCUAUGAAGCCCACCAACAAGGCCAAGAGGCUCUGAAGGCAUUGCUGUGUGGAGGCCCCAGGGGGGCCUGCUCAGAGGAGGUGCCAGUCACAAGGGCAGAGCUCUAGUCCAACUCCUCCUUCCCGUUGGGGUCAGCCCCUGAGGACAGCGGGGCUUCUUCUGGAUCUGCUCUGACUCCUUUCUACAGGCUGCUUGAGGGCAGGGAGGCCUUGCUCUUCUGGGCUGCCACUCUCCCUCCUCCUCCGGCUUUGGGGCGCUGGGGUCUGGGAGGGGUCAGGCCUUCCCCUGUGGACUCAAAUAAAACUCAGGGACCUCGA